AUGAUUAGCAUAAAUAUCAAGCAAGAAAAAAAGCAAAGGUAUAAAUCAGUGAACUCAGAGGAAAGAUUGAAAAUAAUUAAAUAUUUUAUAGAAGGUUCGCUUUCUGCCUCCUAGGUAUGAUUUUGAUGAUUAUAAGUAGAUUGCUUAAAUAACAGGACAUAAUCUGUCAACAAUAAAAGCUAUUUUUCGUAUUUAUAAAAAUGAAGGAAGAAUAAAUAAAAAAGAAAAAAGAGAUCGAGAGCUUCAUAUCUAAAAAAAUGUAGCAGUUUUUGUAGUGGAUGAAAAGUACAUAUAAUAUUAAUCGUUUAUUAGGACAAGAUAUUUGAACUUAAUUUUCAAAUAGCAUAUGAAGCAAGAAGUAAUUUUAAGAAGUCAUGAUUAAUUUUCUGAAUAGUAAAACGAUAUUAUCAAUGAAACUUUACAAUAGUCUGCAAAUGAAGUGAGAAAUAAUAUGAACAGUUAUCAAUCAAAAAAGAAUUUUGACUAAGCUUUAAAAAGAAUAUAAACUAAUGGAAUCAAAGAAGAAGAUUUUUAAAAUAUAUCUUUAAAGGAUAAUUUUUAAACUAAUACCUAUACAUAGAUUAAUGGGUCGACAAUUUCAAAUUUAUUUAAAAAUAAAUAAGAAUAGUCUUUUGAAAAAGCUUAAGUAAUUCCACCUUAAAAGAUUUGCAUCAAACAAAAUCAGGAAUUAAACGAUCUUAAAAGAGUUUUUUAAUAAUAAGUAGAAGAAUUUCUAGGAAAAACUCAUUCAGAUAAUUUAAAAUGA